UUGGGACGUCUCCUGCUCUUUAACCCGCUGGCGGAACCCCCGACCCGCGACGAGACCCUGGCCAUCAACACCACGAAUUCCCCACCGCUGCCCUCGCAACUCCCACUAUGUCGUCGACCGACAUCAAGAUCGCCUCGAUAGCCUUCGGCUUCACCCUGGGCUUUGGCUACCUGACGGCAUGGGACGCCUGGAAGAUGACGAUGCGGAACCGCAACCCGCUGCGGAGCUUGUUCGUCUGGAUGGUCUGGGGCGAGCUGGCCGUCAACCUGGCCAUCGCCAUCAUGGCCUGGCUGUUCUUAGAAGGAGUGAUAAAACCAAUAUUUGCAACAUUCUUCUUUAUAUUGGCCUUAUGGGUUUUUGAGGUGCAAUUCAUCCUCCAGAUUAUCGUCAAUCGAGUCGCCAUUAUCAGUAUGCACCGGAGAAUGGUCAACUAUAUCCGCUGGGGCACGGUCAUUUUCAUCAUGCUCGUCAACAUCUCCGUCUUUUGCAUCUGGAUCCCCGCGCAGAUGCAAGUCAACGAUACCUACAUCGAAGUCAACGAGGUGUGGGACAAGAUCACCAAGGUGCUCAUUGGCCUCAACGAUGCCUGCCUGAACUUCUACUUCAUCCAGCAGGUGCGCAAGCGGCUGAUUGCCAACGGUCUGCAAAAGUACACGGCGCUGGCCAACUUCAACACGCGCAUCAUUUUGAUCUCAGUCGGCAUGGAUUGCCUCAUCAUCGGAACCAUGUUCCUGAGCAACCCGGUCGUGUUCAUGCAAUUCCACCCGAUCGCGUACACGGUUAAGCUGAAGAUCGAGCUGUCCAUGACGAACCUCAUCACCCGCAUUUCCCAAGAGUCUGUUCGCGACCGCAUCGGCGACACGUCGACGAGCCACCGCCGCGGCUUUACGACGUCGGGCCCAGCCAACGACACGAUCAACGGAAAGGGGGUGCCGCUGUCCGUGUUCGCCGAGAGCCAGAGCAAGGACGCGACGGUGUCGACGCAGGUGACGACGCAGCACUUUGACAGCCCGCCGGACUCGGCGGCCGACGCAGGCUGCGCCGGCGGCGCCAAUCAAAUCUUCACCAAGCGCGAGUGGACGGUGCAAGUGUCGGAUGCCAACGACGCAGCGAGCAGUGGGCCGCAUUCAGACCCCGCGGGUGUGUUCCCUCCGAGCGAGCGCAGCAGCUCCAGGAGCUCAAAGGAGGAUCGGCAUCCUGAUGGCUUCCAGUUUCAUCACCAGGCGCACCAUCAUCAGGAUGAUGAGGAGCCGUUGGCUUGGCAGAGGGGGUAGGUGCAUGCGCGUCAUGUGCUGCAGGAUGUGAUGUGAUAAAAGCUCUGUUUUUUCUGUCUUGCGUGUGUUAUGUAUACAUCAUGCAAGCACCGCCACACGCAUCUCUGUCCCCCCUUUUUUCCCCUUGCGUUUAUUCUCUCUUUUCCUUAACGUCUGCGUGUUUCUGUCUCUGUUUUUCCCGUUUCGAUUCUUCUUCUCCACCU